AUCCCUUUACCUUUACUUACCUCUUAACCUCACAAAUGCCGGCCCUGCACAUGUGCAUGCGCAUGCCGCCCGCCGCUGCCGCGCCCAGCAGGCGGGGCGGCCGGGCGGCCGCGACUGCGGCGUCGGCUCCGCGGCUGCCGUGCGGGCUGCCGCCGCUCCGCCCUAUCAUUCCCGGGGUGGGCGUCUGCAGCGGCAGCCUGCACGGCAUGGGCCAACCGCUGCCACCGGCACUGCUCCGCUCCGGCGCGCCGCACGGCCGGCCGGCGGCGGCCGCCUUCGUCAUGGCGUGUGUGCCGGAGUCGUCCUCGGGAGAGCCGCCAGAGGUGCAGGCGCGCAAGCAGGGCCCAUGCAACGUGACUGUGUCGCUGGGGACUGGCUCCAAGGUUCAGGUGCAGCUGCCCGCUACCGCCACCAUCCGGGACCUCAAGAACCAGCUGCAGCAGCCGACGGGCCUGGAGCCGACGCAGCAGAAGCUGCUGGUUGGCUCGAAGUCCGCACUGCCCGACACCACCACCCUGGGUUCCCUGGCCGCCGCGGAGCUGUCGGAUGUGGUGCUGGUGACCCGGGUGCAUGGCGGAUAGGCAACGCAAGGCAACGGACAGGAGGGGAACUGAGGAGGGUUCUGGACCUCACCCAGGGCCGUGGCCAGCAUGCUGCAUGGCAGUGUGCGGCUUCGCCCGCUGUUUGGUUGCGUCAAAUAUUUGCGUUUGUGAGGCGUAGGGAGAUGUAGAAGC